UCGCGAGGCGGACUGGGAAGCCGGAGCAGGGAGGGGCCCUUUGGCGCUGGCCGUCGCUUCCUUGUGAGCUGAGAGGCCGGAGCAGGCGCCGCGCCGCCGCCGCCAUCAUCAUGGGGGGCUCCCGCGACGACGAGUACGACUAUCUCUUCAAAGUCGUUCUCAUUGGAGAUUCUGGAGUUGGCAAAAGCAACCUUCUCUCCCGCUUCACUCGCAACGAGUUCAACCUGGAGAGCAAAAGCACCAUCGGUGUGGAGUUUGCAACACGGAGCAUUCAAGUGGAUGGCAAGACAAUAAAGGCGCAGAUAUGGGACACAGCUGGGCAGGAGCGGUAUCGGGCCAUCACCUCGGCCUAUUACCGUGGAGCGGUGGGUGCCUUGCUUGUUUACGACAUCGCCAAGCACCUCACCUACGAAAACGUGGAGCGGUGGCUGAAGGAGCUGCGGGACCACGCCGACAGCAACAUUGUCAUCAUGCUGGUGGGCAAUAAGAGCGACCUGCGCCACUUGCGCGCUGUCCCGACGGACGAGGCCCGGGCCUUUGCAGAGAAGAACGGCCUGUCCUUUAUCGAGACUUCGGCUCUGGACUCCACGAACGUGGAAGCUGCUUUCCAGACCAUCCUGACAGAGAUUUACCGCAUUGUAUCUCAGAAGCAGAUGUCAGACAGACGUGAGAACGACAUGUCUCCAAGCAACAACGUGGUCCCUAUCCAUGUCCCCCCGACCACAGAAAACAAACCAAAGAUGCAGUGCUGUCAAAAUAUAUAACAAGCUCCGUUCCUCGAAAGCUGUGUAUAUUCUCCCCACGUCCAAGAUGGAAAUAGACCUUAAGCUCGCGUUGUCCUUUCUUUGGUUCUUUCUCCACCUGCCCUUCCUGCUUCAUUAGGGCCAUUUUCUUUUCCCGUCUUGAUUUCUCCAUAGUGUAACUCUUUCCCCCUUCCCUUUAAUUUCAGCAUUGCGAAUCAUCCAUAGUUUGCAUGUGGCUGCAGCAUUAAAAGAAUUCUAAGUCCUGGCAGGGCAAAAUUUAAAAAUCAUGGCUGGUUUCCUUUCCAAGCAUGCUGCCUCCUUCAACAGAACUAGAUUAUUGCAGCCGCCUUUGCAAUUUGGGUCCUCCUGGCAGCGUCAUGUAAUUGGCCAGCGCCUUUUAAACUUCCUUUUCACCUUAAUAUUAGAUGCGGGAUGUCUGCUUCCCCAACCCAGUGUCCUCCAGGUGUGUUGGGCUGCAAGUCCCGUAAACUCGUGUGGGAUUUGUCGUCCACACAUCUGGUGGACCGUAGCUAGGAAAGGAUGUAAUAAUCUCCUGGAAUCCAGUCCCUUGCCGCAUCCCAGCCUUAGAAUGCACAUGGCUUCUAGGAGCGACAGUUAUUUCUGGCUGAGAACAGCACUCUCGCUUCAGUAGGCAAAGUUUCCCAGUUCCGAUCGAUGGAGCCGUUCUGCGCAGCUCGGCCUAAGGGAGUGCGAGUGGCAAGGAGCAUUCCUUGAAGAGCCAAAGAACCUGCCUCCCCCCUGCAGCGCCCCCCCCCCCCACCGUUGCCAGCCCGGUGCUUCCCGCAGGUGGGUCCCGACAGCAGCGUGGCCUCCACUGUGGGCGAGGCGUAUGGGGCGCAGCAGUCCCUCCGCACCCUCGUGGAAGCAGGUGAGAGACGGGUCUCCUUGCAUGUCGAGGCUGGCCUCAUGUGGACGCAGUCACGGCCGUGCAGUUGCGCUGCGGCCCAGACAGCUGGAGAGUGGGGCCUCGCGUGGCCCAGGCAGAGGCGCGAGAGCUCCGUAACCCCGCUUGCUCGUCUCACGCGCAGUGCUUUGCGUAAGUCAGGAUGGGCCCCUGUUCUUUUGGCACGCGCUUGCUCUUGUUCUUGAAAAGGCAUGGAGAACGCUUCGCAACUGGAGGAGCUGCCGCCGCCGCUCACUGCAGUUAUUUUCACAGGAAUGCUCCCCCCCGCCCCCCCGGCCUUGUUCUGCUUCAGCCUGCUGCACCAGCCACCCACAGCGGGGUGGUGAGCUGAGCCACGGCGCUGGCAAGGAGCCCUUUAUGUCACUGGUUACUGGCCAGGGAGGACCUGGAACUCCUCCACCCGUUCGAGGGAGAGAGGCCCAGUCCAAGCGUACGAGCACGGCUGGGAGAGAUCUUUAUAUGCAGUGGGACAUUGGUGGAUUUCGAGCGCAGAUCUGUGUGUUCAUCCUUGAAAGUGCCAUCCAAGUGGGGCCUUGUGCAUGGAGAGAGGAUUCCGCAGGAUAUGGAAAGCCACGCUGAAACCAGAAGGAAGCUGCCCCCGGGGCGCAACUGCUAGGGAGAGAAGAGAGGAAGGGAGCUUAUCACAACAAAGCCGCAGACCCAGAUGGUGUCCUUUCCUUCCUGCCGCCCCCACGAGGGCACCCACAAAGCGCUGAAUCUCUCAGCCUGUUGGUCUUGCGGUGCUCAUGACGUGUCGGACACACGGAAGGCAUUGCUGUAGUCCCUUCAUCCUUUGUUUCCCACUCUUGAAUGCUUAUCUGUUUCACAAACAUUUUUUCUGAUCUUUUUGUAAAUUGCUUUGUACUGUAUGCACAUUCUCUAUCUUGAAUAUUUUUUAAGAUUGAUUUAAAAUUAUUCAUUAUUGGAAUUCUAAUAAAGAAUUGCAGGGGACUGCU